AUAUCCGCGAUGGUCCAGAUCCGGACUUCGAUUCCCGCGACCUUGACUCGGUUUACGCGCGCCAAGGUCGGGGAACCUUUUAAAGACUUUCCUCCUCGCUUCGUACGCGACGUAGGCACACGUUACUUACCGUUUCUCUUCUCUCAUAGUCGGGGGUCACGACGGUCUCGUAUAAAAUUUACAACGGAGACGGUUACCGCUUACUAACGGGUAUUUCGCCUGUCUUUGGAUUACAGUUCGUUUGUUUGGUGUUUUGUUGAGUUUCUCGCUAUUUGCAAAGCUUCGAUCGUCUGGCGAGGCAAGGUUCGCGGUUCGGUGUAUCCAAACUGCCCUUUGAGUUACCAAUUCGGAGUCUCUGCUUUGUAAUUUCGUCCCUGGGCCGUCCGAAUAGAGAAUUUAAGUCGACAAUGAAGUGCUACGCUGUGGCUGUGACAGGCCUGCUUUUUUGGACAUCCCUCGUCAACGCGGGACAACUUAUCACCGGUUACAAUCUGAUCGGACCCCAACAGCUAAUAGUCCCCUACGAGCCCCAAAUCGUCCCCACGUUUCCCCAUCACAGGUCAGUACCGGCCCAUCCGAGGGCGCUGCAGACGUCCCUGGAAGAGUCGGUGCUGCCGGAAGGUCUUUCUAAGUCUAACCACUUCUACGGUAACCCCUUGAUCGCUGGCGCCCUGGCCAGGGAGUCGCUCAACUUCAACAAAGAAGCGGUUGUGUAUGACAGGCCGUCGGAGAAGAUCCCCAGGGAUGAAAUCGCGAAGCUGAUCAACAACCUCCACAGGGUGCAUCACGGAGUCCGCUAAGGUCGACGAGAUGAUCCCUAGUUCGGGAAAAUAAAAAAGUCUGAGUUUUCGAAUUGUCUCAUCUUCUUUUCUUUCUCCUUUUUACGUUUAUUUAUAUUAAUUUGUCCUUUCCUCUCUAUUCUUCUCCUCCUUCUUAAUUUACCCGCAAUCCUAACUUGAAAAGUUAGUCCUUUACACUUUUCCUCACUUCUUUCUUGUUUUCAUUUCCGUCAUUAAUAUCCCUACUUUUCCUAUUCAUUCUUGUUUACGGUUUUUUUUUCAAUUUUUGUGUGUUUCCGUAGUGUAAAAAUGUAAAUAAAGUAUUGUUAUUAUUAAUAUAUGCAUUUUGAAUUUAUUUUCAUCUUCAGUGCGCAAAGGGAUACUGAAAAAUCCGCGUAAAUAUGCUUCUUCUUGUACUUAGUUUACCGACAGAGUUAACAUGGAAAUUUAGAUAUUUUAACGUUUCUUCGCUUCCUCCUUGUUUCUUUCAUUUCAUUCUU